CUGCCUGGCUGCAUUGCUCCUUAACCCCAGCUCUGUCAGCACGUGGUUUGAGAGGAUCAGCAUCAUGGUGAUCCUGCUCAACUGUGUGACGCUGGGCAUGUACCAGCCCUGUGAGAACAUCGACUGCACCUCAGACCGCUGCCAAAUACUGCAGGCUUUCGAUGCAUUCAUCUACAUCUUCUUUGCAUUGGAGAUGGUAAUAAAGAUGGUGGCUCUUGGGAUCUUUGGCCGUCGCUGUUACCUGGGUGACACCUGGAAUAGGCUAGACUUCUUCAUCGUAAUGGCUGGGAUGGUAGAGUACUCACUGGACCUACAAAACAUCAACCUGUCAGCCAUUCGGACAGUGCGUGUCCUUCGCCCACUGAAAGCCAUCAACAGAGUGCCAAGUAUGCGUAUCCUGGUGAACCUUCUUCUAGACACCCUACCCAUGCUGGGAAAUGUAUUGCUUCUCUGCUUCUUCGUCUUCUUCAUCUUCGGCAUCAUUGGCGUUCAGCUGUGGGCGGGGCUUCUGCGAAAUCGUUGUUAUCCAGAGGAGAACUUCACCCUUUCCUCGGGUAUGGCCCUGCCUGCUCCUUACUAUCAGCCAGAGGAGGAUGAUGAGCGCCCCUUCAUCUGCUCCCUGGCUUCUGAUAAUGGUAUCAUGUCAUGUUCUGAUGUGCCGGCGAGACGUGAAGGAGGGCGCAUUUGCUGUCUCGACAAAGAGGAUGCCCUGCACAGACAGUCUCUGGGCUUGAGUCCUGAACCCCUGGCCAAUGGCAGUGGGGCCGGGGAAGCAAUGGGCCUCUGCAUCAACUGGCAUCAAUAUUAUACUCGAUGCCAUACUGGAAACAGUAAUCCUCACAAAGGAGCCAUCAACUUCGACAACAUUGUCUACGCUUGGAUAGUCAUUUUUCAGGUGAUCACUCUGGAGGGCUGGGUUGAGAUAAUGUAUUAUGUGAUGGAUGCCCACUCUUUCUACAACUUUAUCUACUUCAUCUUACUCAUCAUCAUUGGUUCAUUCUUCAUGAUCAACCUGUGCCUGGUGGUCAUUGCCACCCAGUUCUCCGAGACCAAGCAGCGGGAGCACCAGCUGAUGCAGGAGCAGAGGGCUCAGUGCCUGUCCUCCUCCACCUUGGCCAGUAUGGCCGAGCCAGGAGACUGCUAUGAGGAGAUCUUCCAGCUGGUCUGCCAUGUCCUCCGCAAAGCAAAGAGGAGAUCGGCAGCUCUGUACUACACGCUGAGGGGCAAGCCCCCGCCGGCUGGUGGAGGCAGGGGAAACAGGAGAGGUGGAGGGAAUGUGAACGGGGACCGCCAUCACUCUAGACACCCGAGAUCACCCAAAUGUCCACACCACAGGAAACAGGAGAACAGCUCCCAGGCACCAGACAACUCCAUCAGUGUUUCUGUCCCCCAGAAUCCUGAAGACUGCCCGAUAUGUUCAUUGUCAGUUAAAGAAGGUGCAAAGGCAGUGGGCGAUUCGGCUAAUGGCGAAGAAAAUGAGGAGGACACUGUGAAAGACACAGACAAAGAGGAGAACCCCUUAGAGGAGAGGGGAGAUGAGGAGAUGAAGAGAAAGAGGACGUGUUUUGGGCGUUGCAAAGACCUUUGGACCGGCAUGAGGAGGAAGCUUUGGGGCAUUGUAGAGAGCAAGUACUUCAGCAGGGGCAUUAUGAUUGCUAUUCUCAUUAACACCAUCAGCAUGGGCAUUGAACAUCAUAACCAGCCUGAAGAGCUGACCAAUGUCCUGGAGAUCUGUAACAUUGUCUUUACCAGCAUGUUCACCCUGGAGAUGAUCCUUAAGCUUACAGCUUUCGGAUUCUUUGAGUACCUGAGAAACCCAUACAAUAUCUUUGACGGCAUCAUUGUCAUCAUCAGUGUGUGUGAGAUCAUCGGCCAGGCAGAUGGCGGUCUGUCAGUGCUGAGGACCUUCAGGCUGUUGAGGGUCAUUAAGCUAGUGAGGUUCAUGCCUGCACUGAGGCGGCAGCUUGUGGUGCUGAUGAAGACUAUGGACAACGUGGCCACCUUCUGCAUGCUGCUCAUGCUCUUCAUCUUCAUAUUCAGCAUACUGGGAAUGCACAUAUUUGGCUGUAAGUUUAGCUUGAAGACAGAAGCAGGAGACACAGUGCCUGACAGGAAGAACUUUGAUUCCUUGCUUUGGGCCAUUGUCACUGUUUUCCAGAUUCUGACGCAGGAGGACUGGAACAUGGUCCUGUAUAAUGGCAUGGCAUCCACCUCCCCCUGUGCUGCUCUUUACUUUGUCGCACUUAUGACAUUUGGAAACUAUGUGCUCUUCAAUUUACUUGUCGCCAUCCUGGUUGAAGGUUUCCAAGCUGAGGGUGAUGCAAACCGCUCUUACUCGGACGAUGACAGGUCGUCCUGUAAUUUUGAUGACGCUGAUAAGCAUAAAGAAUCCUUGCACCUAUCGGAUCCAAAGAUCUGUACCCUGACCCCUAAUGGACACCUAGACCUGUCCCUGUUGCCCUCUGGGCUAUUUCCUGGGGAGAGGUUGACUUUUGCACUUGGCUCCAGGAAGAAUAGUGUUAUUUCCCUUGGCAGGGCUGACCUGGAGAAGAGGGCUGUGUAUCCAGGUCGCGGCUACCACAACUGGGGCCGUCCGCUGCCCCCCCAUCCUCACCCGCUGUGGGCGCGGCGCUCCAGCUGGAGCAGCCUGGGCGGCCGGCCCUGCUGCUCCUCCUCUCCCUCCGCCAGCCCCGCCUUCACGCCAACCUCCGCGAGGCCUUUUUACGGCUACGGACUGGGCAGCCUGGGAGGAGUGGUCGGAGGGAGCCUUCGGAUCCGUGGACCCCGCGCCUCCUCGUCCCCUCACCACCACUUCCAUCACCGUCACGGGCAAGCAGAUGAGGAGGAGUCCCUUCUCUCCCCGCCGGUUGUCGCACAUCACUCUCUUCAGCUUCCCUAUCCCCUGCUCCCCGGAUAUUUUGCUCCGCGGAGAGACCGCAGAGCCCUUUCGCUAGAGCUUCCCCACGUGCUUCAGGUUCCAGCCGGAAGCCCUCGCACUCCACCACCGUCGCACCACCCGUCGUCUCCCAUGACACAGCACGCUCGGCACAGGAAGAAAAGCCUGUCCGGAGGGCUGGUAAUCGGCGGCGGCAGUGACUUGGAAGUGGUUCAUCAAGACUGUAACGGGAAGACCCCGCUGUCGCACCUUCUCCAGGCCGCUCCCAAACAACAGACUGAGCAGGGUGGCGGGACAAACGCCCAGAGCCGCCUCAUUGCCGACGUUUUCCCCCAGGUCAAUCCACGCUGCAAGGACCGGGAUGACCUGGAUGACGAUCUUGAUUAUAGCUUGUGCUUUCGCAUCCAGAAGAUGCUUGAAGCACACAAACCAGACUGGUGUGAGACAAGAGAGGACUGGUCCGUCUUCCUUUUUUCUCCACAGAACAAAUUUCGACAGAUGUGCCAGUCCAUCAUAGCCCAUAAGCUGUUUGACUAUGUGGUAUUGGCCUUCAUCUUCUCCAACUGCAUCACAGUGGCUCUAGAAAGGCCCAAGAUACUUCAAGGCAGCUUGGAAAGAGUCUUUCUCACCAUUUCCAACUACAUCUUUACUGCCAUCUUUGUGGGCGAGAUGACUCUCAAGGUGGUUUCCAUGGGUUUAUAUGUGGGGGAACAGGCUUAUCUCCGGAGCAGCUGGAACAUUCUGGAUGGAUUCCUGGUUUUUGUGUCAUUGAUUGACAUCGUGGUGUCUAUGGCGGGAGGAGCUAAGAUACUUGGAGUGCUCAGAGUCCUCCGGCUUCUCAGGACACUGCGUCCUCUUAGAGUCAUUAGUAGAGCCCCAGGACUAAAGCUGGUAGUGGAGACCCUCAUCACCUCCCUCAAACCCAUCGGCAACAUUGUCCUCAUCUGCUGUGCAUUCUUCAUCAUCUUUGGCAUUCUUGGAGUUCAGUUAUUUAAAGGCAAAUUCUUCUACUGCCUUGGCCCCGAUGUCAAAAACAUCACUAAUAAGUCUGACUGUCUGCAAGCCAAUUACAAGUGGGUCCACCAUAAGUACAACUUUGACAACCUGGGACAGGCGCUGAUGUCCCUGUUUGUACUCGCCUCCAAGGAUGGCUGGGUCAACAUCAUGUACCAUGGCCUGGACGCAGUGGGUGUAGACCAACAGCCGGUAACCAACAAUAACCCAUGGAUGCUGCUGUAUUUCAUCUCCUUCCUCCUCAUCGUCAGCUUUUUUGUCCUCAACAUGUUUGUUGGUGUAGUGGUGGAGAACUUCCACAAGUGCCGCCAGCACCAGGAGGUGGAGGAGGCCAAGAGGCGUGAGGAAAAGCGCCAGCGUCGUAUGGAAAAGAAGAGGAGGAAAGCCCAGAAGCUGCCUUACUAUGCCAGCUAUGGCCACGUACGCCUGAUGAUCCACACGCUCUGCACUAACCACUAUUUGGACCUCAUCAUCACCUUCAUCAUCUGCAUCAACGUUAUCACAAUGUCUUUAGAACACUACAAUCAGCCUCACUCUCUGGAUCUCGCCCUCAAGUAUUGCAACUACGUCUUCACCUCCACUUUUGUGCUGGAGGCUGUACUGAAACUCAUCGCAUUUGGAUUCCGUCGCUUCUUCAAAGACAGGUGGAACCAGUUGGACCUGGCCAUCGUGCUCCUGUCAGUAAUGGGUAUCACGUUAGAGGAGAUUGAGAUCAGCGCUGCCCUGCCCAUCAACCCCACCAUCAUCCGUAUCAUGAGGGUGCUGAGGAUAGCACGAGUGCUGAAGCUGCUGAAGAUGGCAACAGGAAUGAGGGCCUUGCUGGAUACAGUGGUCCAAGCCCUGCCUCAGGUGGGUAACCUGGGCCUGCUCUUCAUGCUGCUGUUUUUCAUCUACGCCGCCUUAGGAGUAGAGCUUUUUGGAGAACUUGUUUGCAAUGAAGACUACCCCUGUGAAGGUAUGAGUCGUCAUGCUACGUUUGAGAACUUUGGUAUGGCUUUCCUUACCUUGUUUCAAGUCUCCACGGGCGACAACUGGAAUGGCAUCAUGAAGGACACAUUGCGGGAGUGUCCACCAGACCACAGCACUGAUGUGGACUAUGCUUGCAAUCCAAGCCUUCAGUUUAUCUCGCCCAUGUACUUUGUCUCCUUUGUGCUCACCGCCCAGUUUGUGCUCAUCAAUGUGGUGGUGGCCGUGCUGAUGAAGCACCUGGACGACUCCAACAAGGAGGCCCAAGAGGAGGCGGAGAUGGAUGCAGAAAUUGAGCUGGAGCUGGCCCAGGGCACCCUCUGUUGCAUGGGUGCCCCCAGUUGUGGGGGUGGGGGUGUGGACAAAGGACUGUUCGUUGCUGGAUCGGGGCUUGGAGGGGCAUCAGGGAGAAAGGAGCGAGGAAGUGCCAGAGGAGAGAAGGGAGAGGGAGUAAGGAAGAUACGGCACGCGGUAACAAUCGCACACCAGGGACCGUACAACUCCAGUGACUCCAACCGGACCCUGUACUCACAAUCACAAGAGAGCCAGUGGUUGGACAGUGUGUCUCUCCUAAUCAAGGAUACGUUAGAAGGGGAGAUGCUGAUGAUCGACAACCUCUCCGGUUCUGUCUUCCACCACUACUCUUCUCCUCCACCAAUCUGCAAAGACUGCAAGGGCCACCCACAAGAGCAAAUCAGAAUGGCAGAAGUUGAACAGGCGUCGCUGAAGUCAGAGCAGCUAUCAGACAAAUCCUCGUCCCCAGCUCUGCCAGAUGACCUCAGCCUCGAUGAAAAUGCUACCUUUCAAAUAUUGGCACAAGACAGCAAGGGAAGGUGUAGCAGUGACCUCCGCAGCCUGGAGGAGGCGACUGGUGGAGGAGGUUAUGAGGGAGGUACCCAGACUCUGACCACGGUGGACACUGAGGAGUCCACACAACAGGAAACAGAAACGCACCAACCACAUAUGUGCUCACCUCACUGCAGCCCCGAGUUCUUCCAUUCUGCCGGGGCUGCCAUCCCUGUACCUUCCCGCAGUAAGAGCCUGCGUUUGUCCAGAGGCAUUAGGCUGACCUCCCCAUCCUCCUGGACCUCGUUCCGCUCCCCUGGAGCUCAUAAAAAGAUGCUCUGCGCACAGUAUCCCUCCCACAGUGACUCGUCCCUUGCUACAGGCAGCUCUGAGGGCAGCCUCCAAACCACCCUUGAAGAAGGACUAAGCUUCAGUGUCUCUCCACCACAGAAUCUGGAGUUGCCACUGCCAAGAGCUACUUUACCACCCACGUGCCCUACCCCGCAGUCUGAAGAGAGAAGUAUUAUUUCCCCUCCGGUUCAAACCCCGAGGCCGAGGCCCAACCCCUCAUCUACUUUAACCCUUCUGGCUACGAGGGGUCACCAACGAAGCCAGAGCAGCGGGCGAGGCAGCACCAGCCCCGGCUGCACCCGGGAGGACUCCAUCGACCCCUCAGAUGAGGACCUGGGCAUAGGCAUUGGGUCAUCCAUUGGUGGCUGUGGCUCCAGCCAAGCAGGGAACAGUGAACACUUGUCAGAGGCGCUGAGUAGCUUGUCACUGACAUCCCUGCUGUCCCCCAGCUCCCUCGUAUACCCAGGGGGGGCAGUAAAGAAGUGCAACAGCACAGGUAGCCUGGACAAAGGGGGGAUACUGCUGUCUUCCCGGGGCAGGGAGGGCCGUAUGGAGAUUAUGGGCCUGGAGCUCAUGGACCCUCAGGGCUUCUUGGCCAACCCUUGGACAGGGGUAUUAGUAAAUCCAAGGAGAAGAGAGGGACAAGUAGAGGAUGGAGAGCCGGGGGCUACUGUUGAGGAUGAUGCUUUUGAAGGUUCUGAUGACACCGAAAAACAGAAGUUGUGCUCAUAUCAGCGCGUCAACGAGAGCGGAUACAAAGAGGCUUGA